GUGUUGGUGGCGACCCCGCCGUGGGUGCCGAGGUUUGACUGCUGCACCGAAUGGCCCAUUUCUCCAGCGAGGAUGAGGGGAUGCUGCAGGCGAUGCUCCGGCAGCUGUUCCAGAGCGUGAAGGAGAAAAUCACCGGCGCUCCCUCCUUGGAGUGCGCAGAGGAGAUCCUCUUGCGGCUGGAGGAAACUGACGAAAAUUUCCACAACUAUGAAUUUGUGAAAUACCUUAGACAGCACAUAUGUAACGCACUGGGGUCUAUGAUUGAAGAAGAAAUGGAAAAGUGCACAUCUGAUCAGAAUCAGGGUGAGGAAUCUGGUUAUGACACUGUGGUACAGCACGUCACCAAGAGAACCCAGGAGUCGAAAGAGUAUAAGGACAUGAUGCACUCCCUGAAGACCAUCAUGAUGGUGGUGGUGGAGUCCAUGAUCAACAAGUUUGAAGACGAUGAGACGCGGAGUGAGGACAGACAGAGGAAGAUGCAGAAGGACGCGAGCGGUAGCUGCUGUACAGACAAUUGCUCCGACAGUGACUCCUCCUUCAACCAGAGUUACAAAUUCUGUCAAGGAAAACUACAGCUGAUUUUAGAUCAGUUGGAUCCUGGGCAACCUAAAGAGGUGAGAUAUGAAGCGUUGCAGACACUAUGCUCAGCUCCUCCAUCUGAUGUCCUGAACUGUGAAAACUGGACCACUCUCUGUGAAAAACUGACCUCGUCUCUGUCCGAUCCAGAUCCUACGUUCACUGACCGGAUUUUAAAGUUCUAUGCACAGACUUUUACACUCUCACCAUUACACAUGACCAAGGAAAUUUAUACAAGCUUAGCUAAAUAUCUGGAGUUAUACUUUCUUUCUAGAGAAAAUCACAUUCCUACUCUUUCAACUGGAGUAGACAUAACCAGUCCAAAUGUGACCCGCUUACUGAAAAAGGUUCGCCUUCUGAAUGAAUAUCAGAAAGAGGUUCCAUCUUUUUGGAUUCGCCACCCAGAGAAGUAUAUGGAGGAAAUUGUGGAGAGUACUUUGUCCCUGCUAUCAGUCAAACAUGAUCAAAGCCAUCUUGUCUCACAGAAGAUUUUGGAUCCCAUCUAUUUUUUUGCAUUAGUUGAUACUAAAGCUGUGUGGUUCAAAAAAUGGAUGCAUGCAUAUUACAGCAGAACUGCAGUACUAAAACUACUUGAAAAGAAAUAUAAAUCUCUGAUAACUACAGCAGUUCAACAAUGUGUUCAGUACUUGGAAUUGUGUGAGGCUAUGAAAGCUGAUGAAAUUUUGGGACAUUCAAAGCAUUGUGGUAACAAGCAAAAAAAUUUCUACUACUCAGGACAAGAACUGCAAUAUAUUUAUUUCAUUCACUCACUGUGCCUUUUAGGAAGAUUGUUGAUCUAUACACAAGGCAGAAAAUUAUUUCCCAUAAAGCUGAAGAAUAGAAAAGAUUCAGUAUCUCUCACAAAUCUGCUGGUUUUGUUUACCCAACUCAUCUACUAUUCACCAAGUUGUCCAAAGAUGACAUCAGUUGCGUAUUCAGAGAAUUAUUCUCCUGCAAGUAUGGUGACUGACGUCCUGCGGAUCCUCUGUGACCAGAAAGAAUGUGCCAUUGAGUGCUUAUACAACAGCACUGUGACAGAGACCCUUCUCCAGCCCAUUCAUAACCUGAUGAAAGGGUCUGCGGCUGCUCCAGACUGCUCGGAAACAGCUUUAAUUCACAUAGCUGAUAUUUUGGCAAGAAUUGCUUCUGUAGAAGAAGGACUUAUUUUACUUCUUUAUGGGGAAAAUAUGAACUCUUCUGAAGAAGAAAGUCCCACAGGUGCUCACAUCAUAGCCAAGUUUUCAAAAAAACUUCUGGAUGAAGACAUUUCUGUUUUUUCUGGAUCGGAAAUGUUGCCUUUAGUUAAAGGAGCUUUUAUUUCUGUGUGUCGUCAAAUAUAUGGCACAUGUGAAGGCUUGCAGGUGUUGCUUCCUUAUGGUUUACACGAAUCCAUAGCCAAGGCAUGGAAGAAGACAAGCUUGCUAUCGGAAAGGAUCCCCACUCCAGUAGAGGGCUCUGACUCGGUUUCCUCAGUGAGCCAGGAGUCUCCCAACAUUGUGGCUUGGGAAGACAAUUUGCUAGAUGAUUUACUCAAUUUUGCUGCCACUCCCAAAGGAUUGCUACUUCUUCAGAGAACAGGUGCCAUCAAUGAAUGUGUGAUGUUUAUGUUCAACCAAUAUGCAAAAAAACUCCAGAUAAACAGGCAGAAGAAGUUUGACUAUGAAGUUUUGGUUGUACAGGUGGCAUCCACAGCAGCAGGGGCAGUAGCGCUACAAAAUUCAGGCUUCAUUAGUGCACUUAUAACUGAGUUAUGGUCCAAUCUUGAAUGUGGAAGAGAUGAUGUAAGGGUAACUCAUCCUAGAGCUACUCCAGUGGAUCCUAUUGACCGAAGCUGUCAAAAGUCUUUCCUAGCGCUGGUGAACCUGCUGUCCUACCCUGCUGUGUAUGAGCUAACAGGCAAUCAAGAACUUCCCAAUAAAGCAGAAUAUUCUCUUCGGGAAGUUCCAACAUGUAUUAUUGAUAUAAUCGAUAGGCUUAUCAUUUUGAACUCUGAAGCUAAGAUUCGUUCUUUACUGAAUUAUGAACAAUCACACAUCUUUGGUCUAAGGUUAUUAAGUGUGGUGUGCUGUGAUCUGGAUGCUCUUCUCUUACUGGAGGCUCAGUAUCAAGUAUCCAACAUGUUACUACAUGCUCAGGAAGAAAAUACCUUUGAGAUCUCCGAGAAUCACAGGGAGUUUAUAAUUGAUGGCUUAUCAGUAGAGAGAAAUCAUGUUCUUGUAAGGAUGAAUCUCAUUGGUGGGCCCUUGGAGCGGAUUUUGCCUCCAAGGAUGCUUGAGAAGGGGGAUGACCCGUAUCCUUGGCCAAUGUUCUCGUCAUAUCCAUUGCCACACUGCUAUCUGCCCGAAGUCCCACGAAGUGCUGAUGUGAAACAAGACAGUGAUAUCGGGAAGCUGUUAUCAUGCUUCAGAAUGUCUGAUAAACAAACCGAGUGGACAGAAAACUGCCGAAGACAGUUUUGUAAAACAAUGAAGUCCAAGCCUGAUGCAGUCAGUGGAGGUGCUUUAGGAGAACUACUUGAGAACUUUGUGCUUCAUCUCACCGAAAACCCCUCCGAGUGCUACUUCCCUUCUGUGGAAUAUGCAGCUGCUGAUGCAAAUGUGAAGAAUGAAAGUCUCUCAUCUGUGCAGCAGCUUGGCAUUAAAAUGACUGUCAGGUACGGUAAGUUUCUCAACUUGUUAAAAGAUGGUGCAGAAAGUGAUCUCGCCUUGGUCUUAAAGCACUGUGACAAAUUCCUGAAACAACAGCAGUCACCAGUAACUUCUUCUCUUCUGUGCCUGCAAGGGAACUACACAGGCCAUGACUGGUUCGUGUCUUCUCUGUUCAUCAUAAUGCAAGGGGAUAAAGAGAAGACACUCCGUUUUCUUCAGCAUUUCUCCAGGCUUCUGACCUCUGCCUUCCUUUGGGUGCCAAGGCUGCAUAUUUCUAAGUACCUUCCCAUCGACACCGUUGAGACUGGCAUCCAUCCCAUAUAUUUCUGCAGCACUCACUGCAUUGAAAUGCUACUGAAGGCCGAGGUUCCGCUUGUGUUUUCAGCUUUCCACAUGUCUGGCUUUGCACCAUCACAGAUUUGCCUACAAUGGAUAACUCAAUGUUUUUGGAAUUACUUGGAUUGGAUAGAAAUAUGCCAUUAUAUUGCUACUUGUGUUGUCCUUGGUCCUGAUUAUCAAGUGUAUGUCUGCAUAGCUGUUCUCAAACAUCUGCAGCAAGACAUUCUCCAGCAUACCCAGACUCAAGAUCUACAAGUAUUUCUCAAAGAAGAAGCACUACGUGGGUUUCGAGUGAGCAACCAUUUUGAAUACAUGGAGAUUUUGGAGCAAAACUACCGGCCAGUGCUGCUCAGAGACAUGCGCAGCAUUAGAGCGCAGAGCACUUAGACCACGAGAGGCACUCUAAUUACUUUGUAUUCCUCCUUAAAGGCGACGUGAGUGUGUCCUGUCUACAGCGAUAACAUGCUUUGUGUGUCCAUGCAUUGUACAUCAGUACUGAGAGGUUUUGAACAGAAUAUAUUCAUGUUGCUGUUUGCUCAGUUUGUGAAAUGAAGUGAGUUCAUUCCUGCAAGUUCCUGGUUCUUUAAAUUUUUAGGAGCAGUCCUGGGUUUUAGUUUUUAUUUGUGUUUGACUUAUAAAAGCAAAAAAGACCUUACUGUAAAACCUAAAAAUCUGAAACUACUAGGGAACACACUUGAAGAUCUGGCAUAGGAAAUGGCUUCUGAAUAAGACAGAAAUAAAUAAAUGCAUGUCAGAUUACCAUGGAGAUCCCUGCACAUCUAUAUUUAUCGUGGCACUAUUCACAACAGCCAGGUUAUGGAAUCCAUCAAGGUAGUCAAGGUAUUCAUAGUGUAUGUACACAACAGAGUUUUACUCAGCCCUAAAGAAGAACAAAAUUAAGCAUUUCCAGGAAAUUGGGAUUGGAGAUCAUGUUAGGUGAUAAAAGCCAGUCCCCUAAAGGCAAGCAUCACAAGUUUUAUCCCCCCAGGAAGCUAGAGCAUGAAGGUAGGUAGAUGAGCAGUAUGAAACGCACAGGGAUUAUAAGAAAGUGGUGGAGGGCUGAGGAGUCACCGACAUGGCUCAGUGAUUAAAGGCACCUGCAUUCAAGCCUGACAACUUGAUUUCAGCCCCUCACAGACACAUUGUGAAGGAACAAACUAACUCUCAAGAGCUGUGCUCUGACCUCCACGUGCACACUAUAGAUGUGCCUGAAAAUAUAAAGUAGAAUAUUUUUAAAAAACUCAUGUGAGACAAAUAGAAUAAAAGUACAUUACAUUUAUGUCAGGAAUGUCAUAGUGACAUAGAAUGAAAUAUCUCACCCUUCCUCAUCUCUACUGUGUAAUGGUUUUGUAAUGAACUUGGGAAGAAGAAGCAAUUUUGUUUACAGAGGAAGGGAGGAAGGAAGGAAGGAAGGAAGGAAGGAAGGAAGGAAGGAAGGAAGGAAGGAAGGAAGGAAAAUGAACAAAAGACCUGAGUACCAGAAAGAGUCCAUAGAGAUGGGCAAAAGCCCAGAUUCCUCCUUUUUAUGACUGCACAUAUGGAAAAACACAGACAACAGCACAUUUGCUCAUUUCCCCUGCAGAGGAACAAAGGGUAUCUACCAGGACAUUGUCCUCAGACAUGAUUGCCUUUCUAGGAGGCGCUUUUUAUACUGAUAGCAAUUUCUAACUUUUCAUUGGCAAUAUAGAGUUCACAUGGCUCAUUUAGAAGACAGAUUGUCUCCCUCGUGCUGAUAAGCACUCUGCUAUUAUUUCGUGGCAUUUCUUGGUGAUAGAUUUGAUUUGUACUGAACUUGAAAACAUUAAGAAAAAUAGAUUUCUAAAUUAAAAUGAUUUACACUACAUUUUAUUUAAAUAGAAGUCUGUACCCAUAGGAUUAACAUGUGAGGGUCUGAUUUUCUUGUAACUGUCCAUUUACUGUUUGAAAGCCAAUACUCAAAUAUAUUACUAAUUUAUGAAUUUCAGUUAAAAAAACAUAUAGGUUAUUUUGUAUUAUUUGCUCAUAUAA